ACCAACAACAACAACACCACCCCAUCAGCCACAUCGACCUUUUCACGCAUUCACAAUGGCUCGCACUAAGCAAACCGCCCGCAAGUCCACUGGUGGCAAGGCCCCUCGCAAGCAGCUCGCCUCCAAGGCCGCCCGCAAGAGCGCUCCUUCUACCGGCGGUGUCAAGAAGCCUCACCGCUACAAGCCCGGUACCGUCGCUCUCCGUGAGAUCCGUCGCUACCAGAAGUCGACUGAGCUGCUCAUCCGCAAGCUCCCCUUCCAGCGCCUGGUCCGUGAGAUUGCCCAGGACUUCAAGUCCGAUCUCCGCUUCCAGUCGUCCGCCAUCGGCGCUCUUCAGGAGUCCGUCGAGUCUUACCUCGUCUCCCUGUUUGAGGACACCAACCUGUGCGCCAUCCACGCCAAGCGUGUCACCAUCCAGUCCAAGGACAUCCAGCUUGCCCGCCGUCUCCGCGGUGAGCGCAACUAAGCUUUCGUCUUUGGUCUUUCUUCUCGGCAGGGUGGUUCAUGACUCGUUUGGGAAUGCUUGACGAAAGGUCCGUCGCAGGGUUUAGGGGAUCAGGCGUUAUCGAAUGAGUGUUUUUACGCGACAGGGCUGUAUAUUACCCGCAGUAUCGGCAGCAUUAGCCAGCAAGCUGCGCAACGGAAUGCAAACAUUAUGAUC